GUCAUGUGACAGAGGGGAGGUACCGGGCUGGCUCCCAGCCAGUGGUAGGAGCUGAUGGGUGGAACAAACGGGGCAAAAAAAGACUAAUAUGACUAACGGAUCCUGGAUGCGUGGUACCCUUAUUUGGAUCUACAGGAAUGUAGGCUCUAGCAGUUCUGCAGCUCUACCAGCCUUUUGCCUGACACUGGAAUUGCUGCUCACAAAGUAGAAUCCUGCUGCUCUGUGGUAGGAAGGAUAGAGAAAGAACAUGGCCUGCAUUUUGAAGAGAAAGUCCAUUCUCGCUGUGAGUUUCAUUGCAGCAUUCCUCUGUCUGAUCAUCGUUCGUCUCACAAAUGAAGUGACUUUCCCUUUGAUCCUAAACUGCUUUGGACAAAUCAGUGUCAAAUGGGUGCCAUUUUCUAAUGGCCAAAGACAGCCUCUGAGAGCUCAUUAUGGAUAUAUAAAUGUGAAAACACAAGAGCCUCUACAACUUGACUGUGACCUCUGUGCCAUUGUUUCAAACUCGGGACAGAUGGCUGGGCAGAAGGUGGGAGCCGAGAUAGACAAGUCCUCCUGCAUAUGGAGGAUGAACAAUGCUCCCACAAAGGGCUAUGAGGAGGAUGUUGGGAAGAGGACAACCGUAAGAGUGGUCUCUCACACAAGCGUGCCCCUUCUACUCAAGAAUCCCGAAUACUUUUUCAAAGAAACCAACAACACUGUUUACGUGAUCUGGGGACCUUUUCGAAACAUGAGGAAGGAUGGAAAUGGCAUUGUGUACAACAUGCUGAAGAAAACUGUUGACAGCUACCCAACUGCCAAAAUCUAUGUGACAACAGAAAAGCGCAUGAGUUACUGUGAUGCAGUAUUUAAGAAGGAGACAGGAAAAGACCGAGUCCAGUCAGGUUCAUAUCUCAGUACGGGUUGGUUUACCUUAAUUUUGGCUAUGGAUGCCUGCUAUGGAAUUCACGUCUAUGGGAUGAUAAAUGACACCUACUGCAAGUCAGAAGGCUUUCGUAAAGUUCCCUACCACUAUUAUGAGCCAGGAAGAGAUGAGUGUGAAGAAUACUUUCUGCAUGAAAACGCUCCAUACGGAGGCCAUAGGUUUAUCACAGAAAAGAAAGUAUUUGCUAAAUGGGCCAAGAAGCACACAAUAACAUUUACGCACCCCAACUGGACAGUGUCUUGAUACUGGUUUUCUUAACUCUCCCUUAACAGCAUAUUACAAAAAUGUCUCAGUUUACAAUAAUUUUGCUUACAUCUGGCUGGCCUUUCUCAGCCUAGGUAACACUAAACUAAAAACUAGAAGACAAAGAGGGUGAUGGUUCAGCUGUUAAGCAAAAUUAAUCAAUCUGUGGAAGGCAGACACAUUGUUUGUUAUUUCUUAGGGUUUUACUCCACACAAUGCACUUUAUACUUUAACUGGAUUUUACUUCAAGGCAGUAGCAGUUAAAGACAGAUGAGAUUUCCUGUAUAUACAGGUGUACACAGAGAACGUGGUGGUCCUUUAAAACUUGUCCAUCACCUUAGUUAAUUAAAAUUAGUAUUUGCAACUGAUGUGCAGUACUACAGCACUAGUUCCAUCUGUGGCAUUACUAAAAAUUUUCCGCAAAAGAAAUAUGAGGAAAAAUAGAGACCUCUAAGGUCUAUGAGUGAGUAAAUUUUUAAAAACACCUGAAUACAUGGAUACAUGUGAGCACUUGCAUAUAUCGUAAAAUUAGAGAUGAGCUAAAUAUGGUUCUUGAACCGUACACAACUCUCACAUGAGAAAAUAUUAUUUACUCAAUGCUCCUGAUUAGUUCAUAACUUCUGAAAUGCAGCUGCCUUCCACCCUGGUCAGGCUGCACCAUCUUGGAUGAUGUUUUUUGUCCUUUUUGAGGCUGUUGUCCCACAGUUUAGCUCCAGCAGCUUGGCACUUAGCAAAGACUAUAUUUUGCGGCCCAUGCUGAACCUUUGGCUGUUGUAUCAAGCGUGCUUUCAGUACCCAAGAUGGUUAGCAUGAAGUUGUCUCAUGAACACCUCCAUUUACCCCAGUUGUGCCUUUGAGUUGCUCCGACAUCCAAAUACCAGUAUUUUGACAGUCUUUCCCAUGCAGCCAUCGUAAUUUAUUUUAAAUCUCUAGUUUCUCUCUAUCUAGUUCACAAGGGAGUUGUGAGGAUUAAUUUAGGUCCAUAAAGCACCUUCCUGAUGAAUAAUGUUACAAAGCAUUUAUUCUUAACACAAAAACAAUGGUACCUGUCAUUUAUCCUUGUCUGCCCCGUAUCUGAAGUGACAGUAUGGAUGGCUCUGAUGGUGAAUUGUUUGGCGCAUCUGCUUCCUGCAGAAGAUAAUUUGGAAUACUGAGUUCUCUCAGCUUGCAUGGCUUCGGAUGGAAUUGAAAGAACUCACCACCUCACAGUAUUAUCUGCACAUCAAGAGGCAGUUCAAGAAUUUUAAAAUAUACUCAUCUCUAGUUGAAAUAUAUAUUUCCAAGCUUACUCUCAUGGAAAGUUUUCAACUGCAGCAGAUCAUCUGUAAUAUGACCAUAAUUCAACUACACAAGUGAGUUUUAUUUAAACUGUAUUUAAAUUAAUGCUUUAAUUUUAGAAUGUGUCCUACAAAUAUUUUAACAUCUGGAAUGUCAGAUUCAACACUGUAAUAGCCAAUACUGUGAACACUUGAAAGAAUUACAUGUGGAACAUGACACACAGGGUUUACUCACACUACUUAAACAUUAACCAACAGGAAACUUUGUAUGCUUUUGUAAAUCAUGAAAAGGGGAAAGUAAAAAGCUAUUUUUACAUGUAAGUAUUUGUAUACUGACUAUUUCCUAUUGUAUAUUUGUAUAUAUAAAUCUAUAUUUUAUAUGUUGAUUUCAUAUAUAUUCUCUCAGCAGCAGCUGCAACUCUUAGGUUGUGGAGGAAAUCUCUUCACCAGUGUUCCUCCUCAUCAUCAUUAGUUUCUUGUUCCUGUUGGUAGGUGAUGCCCAGGUAUCAUCCUUCUUGCCUCUUUUAUUUUCUACUGUAAAUGCAGCUUCCUGAUUUUAUUUUUAGUAUAGCUCAGCUUUCACUGCUUACUUUAGUGCUGUAAGUGUUCAUGCUCGUUGUCAGACAAAGGCUGGGGCCAUGCUUAGGAUCUUGGAUAAACAUCUAUAUUCAAAUACAGGCUCUGUCCCAGACUUCCUGUGUGACUUGAUGUCUUGCCUUCCUGUUUGGAAAUGGAGAACAAUAAUAUUUUCCUACUCCUUGUCUUGACUGACUUUCUUAUAAGCUCUUCAGAUGGAUAUUCUCAUUUGCAAUGUAUUUGUAUAAUGCCUUGUGGAAGAGGUGCCCAAAGUGUCUGAAGGCUACAGGCAACGCUGUAAUAUACAAAUAAAUUGAAGUGGCUGCUUCUCGUCCCUGGAGUUUAAAACCAAUUGUAGGCUAAUAUAGCAUGGGGUGAAAUCAAGAGGGGAAGGGUUGUGGAUAGAUGAAGAGUUGUAGUAGCAAAAGACAGUAAGCUAGAUUUAUCGCCACAUGCAUACGCAUCUUCUCAGUUCAGAUGGAUGGCUAGAUAGAUGGAAAGCUAAUAAAAAAAUGUAAUGCAGGAUUUGAAAAAUGCAGGAUGCACAGAACUAGGGAGAAUGUUCUACACAUAUUGUACAGGGCAGCCUGGGAAAACCUAUAGCUCCCUUGUGGGAAGAGGAGCUGGAAAGGAACACAUCAGUCAAAUUGAACUUGUAUUUAGAAGGUCUUUGGGUUAAUAGAGAGUUACUAUGGAAGUGCUGCACAUGGAAUUGCAGUUGGGCUGGACAGACUUACCUGAGAAGUGUCCUCGUGAAGCACAGUCUUUCUCCCCAAGAAGCACAGAAUAAGGAUUCUGCCUGAGCUGUGUUCACAUGCAAGACAGUUUUUAAGCCUGAGAAAAUUUUUAAGAUAAUUAAGACUUGGCAAAUCACCAUAGACCUUUUGCAAAAUAUGAGCUUCCUAUGGAAGCUCCUUGUAGAGUGUUUGCAUGCUGUAUGAAACAAUAUCUCAUGCAAAGUCUAGCUAAGAAAAAAUACAUCUCUAAGAACAGCUAAAUGUACAGCAAAAUUGAGAACAUCAUUAGAGUGCAGUUGUCACAGAGCAAAGUAAAAGUGUUGCUCUCUACUUGGAUUUGCAGUAAGAGCAGAUCCACUUUUAGAAACAUUGCAGCAGGCUUCAUUCACACUAGAGUAAAUGAACAUCAGUUCCCAUAUUUAAAUGAGCCUGUCUUCAGCAUAAACUAAACACAUAUUUGCAUGAUUUUUAUUAUAUGAGUAAGGAACUGUGACCGCUGUGUUAAAGAUGAUUCUACAAAGAAAUUACUUUGUAGAAAUCUGUUGAAAAUCAGCAUUGCGGUACUGAAAAAAGAAUAUCAGUGCUUGGCUGUGUAGUAAGAGGCCUUGGUGAUUCACCUUCUGAGAGCAGUUAAGACAUCAGUUGAGAAUCAUUUAUUAAUUCUUUAAAAUAAAGAAUAAACUACAGUUUACCUGAAUGUAAUCAGAUCCUAAUUGCUUAUUCAUUCAAGCAGCCCUAUUUUAAUCAACUACUCAUGUGUAUAAAACAAGCAGGGAGUUUACCUGUGGUUUUCAAAAUAGAUCUUCGCAUUGUUGCUAAUAGAGGAAUACUCACAAAUAAUUUGGCUUCUUUUUUUGCCAUCAGUCAGCUAUGUGGUCACCAAAUGUUUUCUUUCUUAUGUUUUCUUAGUUUUUUAAACUACACUUUUUGAAGGAAAACCAAAGGUGUUCAUUGUUUGGCUUGCUGUGCUGUAGGCUUGGUUUUAAUAAAUGUUUAAAUUUUAAUACACUUUAUGUUUUAUGUUACAUUACCAUCUGAUAUAAUUUUUUUUCAAGGGGAAAAAAAGUUUUAAAUAGGAGCAGAAAUUUUCCUAAGAAAAAUAAUUUUUGACUGGCUGUUUACUAAUUCACAGCUACUUAACUGAAUAAUGUAAAAAACUGGGGUUUUUCUUUUCCAAACAGACACAGCAGACAUGUUCCCAACGUCAUCUAGGUGUCCAGAUCACAUCCCUCUGUUUAUACCAAGGCCUCUUCAUGAAGGAAAAAAGUAGUCUAUGUAUCCAGCCAAAUUCCCUUUCCAUCUGGGCUGGGAGGCUCCAUCUGCAGACUGCUCGUAUCAGUUACAUCAGUAAGUGGGAAGGACUGAGGAAGAGCUCUACUUAGGAGCAGAUGGUGUUCCAACUUCUAAAAAAUGCCCCUAAAGUGCUUUAGGAGAGGAGUACCCAUUGAUCUCUCCUGGAAAUACUUUUCCAAAGUAUUCUGUUUCUUCAAAUGCCUUUAACUCCUAUGUAGAGCUAUUGUCCUACUCUCUCCAGUAGGAAUCACCAGCAAUGGGAGAACAUGCCCUUUACAGGAAAAAGUAGAAGCAAAUUCUGUGCUGUUAAAGAUUUCUAUAUAUACACCACCAGGGAUGAAGAAGCCAGCCUGACACAACUUAAAUUAUCUGAAGACUCACUGAUUUAGGAAUCUCUGAGGCCUUAAUUCAAAACUAAUGGAAAUCCCUUUGGCAAGUUCAUGAACAGAGCACCCAGCCCAGUAAAAUUUUGCACUCCCAGGCACUAAGGUAAGCAGUGUUUUGUCUGAGAAGUGCCGUGUGCAUGUAAUGCAGUGCUCAGCUAGUAAAGGGGAGCCCAUCCAACGAGUGGAGGGCUGAUGCAGACGGUCUUUAUUCACCUGCUCGUGGGCUGGACGAAAGUAAGACCCCACACAAAAAUUGCUGGCAACAGAGCACAGGUGCUCAACCAGACCAUAUGUCCCAGGUAAGUAAGAAUUAAAUAAGUAAUCACUCGUGAAUUAUAACUGGAUUGUGCCCUUAGUCAAGUAGAAAAUCAGAAGCACUUUACAUACUGAUGACUAUAUCUUGCUCACUUUUUUUUCUGCAUGUAUCUCAGAAAUAGCAUAUGUCUUUAGUUGUGCUUCAGUAAAGUUUGUUUAUGAUGAACCUUAGGGUUCCUGCAAGAGCGAAACUCUGUGUUAGUGCCAAAGGGUGACACCAGAGCUGUCUGUGGGCAUUGUGAUGUACUGUGUACAACAGCCUCAUGUCUUUACUAAAAAAGGCCUGGUUUUCCUGACUUGGCGUAGUUCUUUUGAGGAGAAAGUGUUUAAUUUUCAGCAGAUGUGUCUCAUUCUGUUCCCUCUUUCCUGAGAGGAUGCAGAGGAAUGUGACUUAAUCAUGGGGGAUUAAAGAAUGAUAUGGUAAACAGCCAACAACCAGAUUCGUAUGUAUUUUUCUGGCUAUCGCUAUGAUGACUAGCUAAUGACACAGAGAAAAGCAAGCUUUUUGAAAACCUUGUAUUGCAUUAUCUACAGAGCUCUCAUGUGUCUGUUCUGGGUUGGAGUCCCCUAGGCAAACCCUCCAGGAAGGGGCUGAAGGAGAAAGAGAAGGUCUCUCCCCAUUAAAAGACAGGGCUUCUGCAGAUGCUGUAAUAACCUGCGUGGCAUCCCUGGGCCUGCUCCCACAGCUUUCAUAGGCUCCCCACCCAGCCGUAGCUUUGGGCCCUUUCCAGCCCCACUGGAUGAAGUGCAUUCUUCAGCUGACUUAUGCAGACUGUGAGCUUCAUAAGUGUCCCCCGUCCUCCCCUUCUGUGGGGCCAGGGGAGUGGUGAUGCUAACUUGGGGGUGAGGAACGACAGGUGGCAGAGCAGGGAUGCUCCCUCAAGUCAGCAGCAUGAUCUUGCUUGGGGCACAGUCUCGCCUCAGGUGCUGAACUUGGCUUCUUUGAAUGCGGUGGGAAAGUUAUCACUGGGUUUUGUUACUGUUUGUAAGAUUAACUCACAAAGAGUCACCAUUUUAUGGGUGUCUGAAACAGCUGAUUUCAUGUCUUUUUUGCAUUGCUUGCUGCUCUUUCAGAGAAUUCCUCAAGAUAUGCAGCUGUCAGCAGCUGCCACUGCCGUUCUGAUUUACGGGCCAUAAAGAGACUGUAAACUUGAACUAAUGCAUGUUCUUACCAUGUAUUAUGCAUGAUAGCAUGUUACACAUUUUAUUCUCACACUAUAAUAAAUAAUGUAAGUUGUGUGUAACUUUAGUUUAAGCAGUGGAAGUAGUGCUUUUUCUGUCUCUCAUAUCCUGCAUUGCCCAGUGCACUUUGCUGGAGCUCUGUAAGGGCCAUUAGCAGCUAGCAGCAAAUAAAUUGCUGAAACCAGUCAGGAAAUAUUUACUAAAUUUGACAUUUUUCACUGGAAUAUCAGAAAUAGUUAAACUUGCUUUUGUGAACUUACUCUAGUGCUCACAGUCACGAUUCUGUGUUCUAUUACAAGGAAAUCUCAUACCUGAGUGUAACAUCAAGAAUUACUUUAUUGAGACGGAGAGCGUCAAGAUGUUGGCAGGGCAGCGAUCACAAAUUUUUGACAUUUAUGGGAGUAUCUUUUUAACAGGAAUUGCACAUGUAGAAGACUCGCUAAGAUGCCUGUAGUUUUUUUGUAUUGUUGCUGCUGACAAUAGUAUUUCUGAGGAUGACUGGAGAAAAAAAAUUGUGUGCUCGCUGCUCUUUUGGCUGUUCAUCUGUCCCCUCCUCAUACACAGACACAUGCACGCACAGCUGCAGUCACAAAGAGUGCCUAUAGGGAAAGUCUUUUUUUCCAGUGGCAAAUAAGGACAAAUAAGACUAAUCUCUUACAUGGUAAAUAUGGGCUAUAGUACUGGUUGAUUCAUGUUAAUUCUAUAUAUUUCCAAAGCUUAUGUCUACAUUAACAAGGAAUUAGAUCAUCUGGAUCAGAUCUGUAGCCUGAAACUGUUGGUGCUAAGGACCUGAUCUCCACACCAUGCGCAGUCUCUAGUUUGGUCCCACGGGCUGAAUGCCACUAGUGAUUGGAGCACAUCUUUUAGUUUCAUCCAAAAGUAAUCUAGUUCACAUCCUCAGGACCACUCUAUCAUGUAAACUAAAGCUUUUUAAGUGAGGCCUCUAUGCUGGACUGCCCCACAGGAAAGUAAAACUCCUGUUAGCCCAUCUUUUGGCUAAAUAGAGUCCUUCGAUGAGUUUUUCCCCCCUCAGGCUUUGCACGGGUAUUUUUUUUUCCCCAUAGGUAUUUUUCUCUCAUAGCUGAGAUCUGAUUCCUCCUGUCAGAGCAUGGGAAUCAAGGGCUUCCAACUCCUCCUAAGAUUAGCAUCCAAGUGUGCUCAGUAAGUCAGGAAUGCGGUACAGGACAGAGGUAUCCAGCAUGGGUACAGCACGGAAAGUGCUUAGUCUGAUGAAGAGUCAGCUGUGACUCCAGUUGUGGAUGUGAUUUUAUCAUGAGCACGCUGGAUGCUUGCUAACACAUGCAUUGGUUAAUAUACUGCAUCACACAUAAAAAUUCCCUUUAUCAUUUUCACAGGGUAUUUCUGUUCUUGUGGCCUUCCAGUUGUAUCUGUAUAUGUGUGCAUAUGUGCAUGUAUAUACAGUGUACAAGCAUUCCAUUCUCAGAGAGUUGCUACCAUAUGCUGAUAGCAUAAACUUAUUUAGUAAGUUCAUGUUACGCUAUUUAUUACAUGUAUUCUUUGGUUACCUUUUUGUAAUGCUCACAAGUGUAUUCAUAGUAGAUAUCACUGUAGACUUAGGAAACUUUCAUACUAUUUAUACUUAUUUUAGAUGUUUUGCCAUGUGUUUACUUGCUAUAUGCUACUUAGUUUUUGCUCCCAUUUGGAGAAUGUGCUUCUAUGUACUUGCAAAAUUGUGCCUGGGUUAUUUUAAAAUAUUAAUAAAUGUAUAUGAUUUUCCAA